CCGUUUGGCUUAGAUACUUUACUCUUUUCGUUCCGCUUCGUGGCAUGGACAGUCCGCUCUUUGAACAUGCGAUGCCUCUGCCGCAGAAGCGUUCUGGCUUUGGCCUCCCUGUGCCAAUUGAUCCUUUCAGGCGCACUUCCGUACGAUCCUGAUACCGCUGUUGUGUUCCAGCUUGCUGAUGGACAAGGGAUUUACCGGCAUGUGCCAUUGAUACAUCCGUGUGAUCAUGUGCCAAAACACACAUGCAGCGGCCACAGCGGUGGAAAGCCGGAUUUUUUUCCAGCACCUUCGCUGAACUGUUCCUUGUGUCCAGAAGGCUCCGAUUCCAGCGCGAUCAUGUAUGCCGUCGCAAGACUUGAUGGGGUGGGUGAGCGUGUGAUGCAGGCCGUGAUGUACAUGGCGUCUGCAUCGUUUUACAACUUAAGGUUUGGUGGCUUCUUGUACAAAGAAUCUUAUGACAUUGGGCACCAUACCCAUGGAAUGACAGCUGCAGACACACUCCAUCUCAUGACGGAGUACAUGGGUAGCAACUUUUCUGCCUUACGCCUGCAUGUUUCGAAUCCCCGUUUUGAUCAUUGUUGGCGAGGAGGGCUAGAACAAGGACACAAGUUUAAACUCGUCGCCGGCGAAACGGCUUUGAUCAACGACGACUGCACCGGACUGCCCGUGCGAAAAGAUUUGUUCUUGCUCAACCAGCCUUUUCUCCGGCGACUUCGCCAGUCCACAACGCUUCUCGACCGUCCUACGAAGUAUUUUGCAGGGCAGCUUCGCAUUGCCAUACAUCUUCGCCGCGGGGAUGUACUGCAAACCACGAGAGAGUGGUGGCCUGGUCCUGACCGUUUCGUGCCAGAUGCAAUGUACGCAGGAUUAUUGAGUCUGCUUAGAGGCCUGUUCGGAGCGGCUGAGAUCCACGUAUUCUCAACAUCCAGCAGCAACUUUCCGAACGCCAGCUUCAAUCGUUACAGGCACCCAGGUGUGCAUGUGCACCUGGAUGGCGACAUUCUUGAUGACUGGGCACACAUGGCACAGGCUGAUGUAUUGGUGGUUGCUCCGAGCGGCUUCUCUUGGGUUGCUGGCUUGUUGAAUUCGCGAUGUGUCGUAACUUUCAGAUCCUUCCCUUGGGGGUACUUACCACAUUGGAUACAGCUGAACGAUGACUUCCGACAAGCAGGCCAGCUUCGAUCCUGCCUUCGGGACAAAGGCCUUGCUCUCCCGUAG